AUGCAUCGCCAAGCCGCUGCCGCUACAAAGGCAAGAGGUGAUAAUUAUCUGAGCAUAAAGGAUUCGGAAUCCCUUGAUACUUAUAUCCAGAAUACUCUCUCGUCUCUCUACCCACCUUUUGAAGCCACGGCUGCUACUGUUCUCUGGCAGCUUUUCAGCAUUGUUGAAAAGUUCUACCGUGGAGACGGUCUCAGAUGUCUAAUUGAUUUUCUUGUCCCUGCCAAGAGAGUCUUGCAGUGCAUCCAGCAGGAAACCUGUGGUAAUUAUACUGGCCUUAUUUUCUACCACGAAGGCUGGCCCUUGUGCAUCCAUGAGAAAGUUGUCGUACAGUUGGCCCCUCUCCACAAAGUCCGUUUAAAACCAGGAGAUUUCUACUUCCAAAUCGUGCCGGUGGGGAAGCAGUCAGUCCGCCUAGUGUUAAAAUGCCUCUCCAGACAUGGACAAGGAAUGGAGGAAGUCAUUGUACCUGAAACCAUGUAUGGCUAUAUUUUCACAGCAGAGUUUUUGGAAAAUGUAAAUUGCGAACGGGAUGGCUGUCCCUUGGAGAGCUGCCUGCUGACCACAGGUCCGGCCACCUACAGGACUCCUUGGAAGAAUAUCGUGAACCCUAUCUUUAUUCCGACAGCCGAAACAAUCCUGCAAAACUAUUCUGGGAAUUCUCUGCUUGAGAAGUUAAUCCUCAACAAUCCUGAUGCUCAAGCCAUGGCACAGACCAUGGAAAGCAGCAGCUCUCGUGAGAGUUCCACAUCUAAUGACACGGGUUCUACCAUGAUAGAGGUACCUCUGGCAGACAGUCAUGGCCACCAGAGCAGUGAUGAUUCUGUUGUGUGUCACGGUCCUGAAAGCCAGUCUGAAGUGGAAAGCUCAGACACCUCAGCCGAGGAUAGAAAAGGUGACGAGCCAAAUCCAAGAGCACUUUCUGACGGAUACCCGCCUACGGAUCCCAUUUCAGGCCAAGCCACUGGGGAGCCUGAAAAGACUCCUGAAUUGGCACAAGAUAUUUUGGAAGCUGAUGCAUCAAGUCCUCCACUAGUGAAAAGGAAUGGUGCUAGAAGCAUAACUUUUGGUACUGACCUGAGCAGCCCGCGUCAAAGAGGACGGGAUUCUGUGUAUUUUGAAACAAAACGUUUGUUUAGAAAGUCGUACAUAGAAGCGUUGCAGAAUCCAAUGAACCUGGGCUCCAGCUCCGACGAAUCGAUUGCAGAGGAGGAGCAUUCAGGGCACAUAAUGGAUUCCGGAGAGGCAGGGAGCGAUUCCAGGAGCAAAAUCUGUGGGAACUGUGUCAAGCAAGAGAGCUCCUCUGGCGGAGUUCUGGCAAGAGGGGAUGAACCCAAAGAGGGCAUUAGAUUUGGGGUUCAUUCCCAAGGCUCAGAAGAAUUCUUUGUACCUCACGAAGCUUCUUCCAUGUCAGGUUGCAGGUCAGACGCAAGAAGAUCUCGGUCUUUAGACAGGACACUUAAGAGUUCCCGAAGUAAAGAGCACCAGCUCAGAGCUUCCUCAGAUGGAAUGUUUGGUGCAAACCCCAAAAGGCUCUUAAACGGACAUUCUGUAAAGCAGGAGAAACUGGAUUCACGCUUCCACGAACUCAACUCUUCAGAAAACCAAAAAUCCAACCCAGCAAGAGACUCCAGAAUCAGUUUCCGGAGUUGCGAGUCUGCUGUAAAUGUAACGCCUCUACUGCUUCGACGUGAGAAUGAACUCUGGGCGAAUUGCGGGGAUCCUGACUGUGUGUUUCCAAGCCAGUUUCUUGAAGCAAAUCAAGAAUUACUGCAGUUGGGAAUAAUAACUCUGUGUGGGAACAGGGACCGUGGUGGAAGAGCCGUGUUGCAGGCCUGCAUUAAAAAUGGUGUGUGGUCCAGUGAGCAUUCCAGAGUCCAGGAGCUCACUCAACUUCUGAUGUAUCUCUACAGCAUCCCCAGAAAGGAGGUCCGUGCUUUGGGACUACUCGUGUUAGUGGAUGCUCGCAAAAGUCAGAACGUACCUGUCUUUUUCAAAGCUUUGGCAGCUUUACAGGGUGCCAUUCCUCACUCUGUUCACAGCGUUCUGAUGUUAACUGAUAAGGAUUCUACUUUCAAGCCUGACAAAGAGGCUGCUUUUCAGUGUGACGUUCUCACAUCACUGAAGGCUUUGCUUAGGUACAUCGACUGCACCCAGUUGACGGCCGACUUUGAUGGAAUUUUCCCCUACAAUCACAAUGACUGGAUACGUUUCCGAAGAAAACUUGAGCCAUUUGUUACCAACUGCCAAGAAGCCAUUGUUUUCUUACAGUAUUCUGUGUGUUCACUCAACAAUACUCCAACGCCAGUCACUGCACAGGAGGCGAAUGACUUGAUCCACAAACACAAGACAAUGAUGAAACUGGUCCUGGAAGAUGAACUGCUGGUGACCUUAAGACUCGAAGGCGGGACCAUGCUGGCAAGGCUUAGAAAAGAGGAGUUCUGCAAUACGGAUGAUUAUCGAGAUGCCAUGGAAACUGCUACAAGGCUAUAUAACCAGGUAGACGAGGAAGUUCAUAGGCUGGUUCUGUUGUCUAAUAAGUGCUUGCAACAACUGGAGAAUUUCUUGGCAAUGAGAAAAUUUGAAGAAGGCUGUGAUCAGAUAAAAGCUUGGUUUGAAAAUGAGAGCAAGAAAUAUCUCAGCCCAUUGGACCAAGAACAGCUUUCCCUUGAAAAUGUGAAAACGAAGCAGGAAGAGUUCCAAGGUUUCCAUGACAGAGCAAUGCAAUAUUCCCAGAAGGGACUGCAGCUCAUCCAGGAGAAUUCUGCUUUAAACUCCGAAGAAGAAUUUCAAUCCUUCAGCAGAUAUCUGAACAACAUCACCGUUCAGACCGAGAAGAGGAGAAGGGAGCUUGAAAAGCUGAUCAAGUUGUAUGAAUUUUAUGAAACGGCGCACAAGUGGAUGGUUCAUUGUAACGAGUAUCUGGAGCAUCUCUCAGCGGAAGCCAAAUAUUCCCCGUCAGCUAUUCGGUGUUUGCAGAGCUACCACCAGGAAGCGGCGAAGGUUUCUGCCGAAAACUUCCAGAGAGUCAACGAGGUCAUCCUUGCCCUGGGCAGCAAAGAGGAACUAAAGCGGUGGAAUAUCUUAUGGCUGAAAUGCCAGCAGGCCAAGCACCACUUAGAAGAGGUCCUUUCCGAAGCACUUAAAGGUUCCAGCGGAGAAGAAACCAGCAGGACGCUCCAGGAGGCUGGCCAAAGGGCUAGCCACAGCCUGGGAAGCGGAUCUGGAACUCAGCACUGCCCCGCUGCUAGCGCUGACGAUAGCAGCCUCUGGGACACGAAGUCGCUCUGUACGUUUCAGCAGGGCAGCCUACCCGUCGGUGCCUCUCCUUUUGACCUGGACAACAUCUCCACCUGCUACUCAGAGCCGGUCCAAAUGCCCACCACCCGCCACAGAAAACACCCACUAAAGAAGAUCAUGAAGAAGACGCAGAGCUUUGAACUGACCCGACACGAGAGCAGCAGCCACUGUGAACAGCACCACCCGGGAUACACCGGAGUUUACAUCCGAGGACUGGAGGUCGCCAGUAACAUUGCCGCAGAGAGGAGGCACACGCAGCGCUCCAGUAUCAAAAGCCCUCUGGUUGGCAGAAACCGCAGCUUAUCGUCUCCCUCACGAAUCCACCACAUGGCAGAAGGAGAGGAGAAAAAAAGAGCGGGAAGUAGCAAAGUGCACCAUAUAAUGGAUGAGAUGAUCACAACAGAAAGGGAAUAUGUCAGAUCCUUGGGCUACAUCAUCGACAGUUAUUUUCCGGAAAUGGAAAGGAUCGACUUACCUCAGGACUUGCGAGGGAAACGGAACAUCAUCUUUGGGAAUUUAGAAAAACUCUAUGAUUUCCAUUGUCAGUAUUUCCUGAAAGAGUUGGAACGCUGUACUGACAACCCUCUGCGGGUCAGCCACUCUAUCCUCAGACACGAAGAACAGUUUGGGAUGUACGCGUUGUACAGCAAGAACAAGCCGCAGUCGGAUGCCUUACUCAUAAGCCACGGAAAUGCCUUCUUCAAAGAUAAGCAACAGGAACUGGGUGAUAAAAUGGAUCUGGCUUCUUAUCUGCUGAAACCGAUCCAGAGAAUGAGUAAAUACGCCCUCCUUCUGAAGGAUCUGAUCAAGGAGUGCUCAGCAGCACAAGAGCAGGAGCUCAGCGCCCUCCGUGCCGCGGAGGAAAUGGUCAAGUUUCAGCUUCGCCAUGGCAAUGAUCUGCUUGCUAUGGAUGCCAUCAGAGGAUGUGAUGUCAAUCUGAAAGAACAAGGGCAGCUGAUGUGUCAAGAUGAGUUUAUCGUGUGCUGUGGAAGAAAGAAGUAUCUGAGGCAUGUCUUUCUUUUUGAAGACCUCAUCUUGUUCAGCAAGACGAAAAAGAUAGAUGGCGGAUACGACAUUUACAUGUACAAACAGUCAUUCAAGACAGCUGAGAUUGGAAUGACGGAGAACGUCGGAGACAGUGGCCUGAGAUUUGAAAUCUGGUUCCGAAGGAGAAGGAAAUCCCAGGACACUUACAUCCUUCAGGCAAAUUCAGUGGACACAAAGAUUGUGUGGACUAAUAUCAUCGGCAAGAUUCUUUGGAGACAAGCCUUGAGGAACCGAGAACUCCGAAUGCAAGAAAUGGUGUCGAUGGGCAUAGGGAACAAACCGUUCAUGGAUAUCAAGCCCAGUGACGCCGCAAUCAGCGACAGAGCCAUCGACUACAUCAUGAAAGGAGCAGAGUCCAGGACUCGUGCCUCGAUAGCCGUUUCGUCCUUUGACCACUCCACGCCGUUCAAGAGGCCCCACUCCACCAUCUCCAACAGCAGCACCUCCUCCUCGAGCAGCCAGUCCUCCUCGUCCAUCCUGGGCUCACUGAACCUGCACGUGUAUUCGGCGCCGUCUCAUCCGGGCUUAGCUGGACCACCCUUCUACCACUGGACGCACGACGUCAGGCCCUGCAUCGAGGAAGACGAGCUGGAGCAGGAAACGGGAAGCCAGCCUUCCAUGAUCACCGAGAGCUCUGAGUCAUCCCAGUGCACGUCAGGUGAAAGUCUGUGUGGGUUCAGCGGCUUGGCCCAGGCUGGGUUCUCCUCGCUCCCUACAGAGGCGUUUCCGGAUGAAGAAGGCACCCCCAGCCCCGGGUCCAAGCCGCCGUCACAAUGCACAUCGCCCGCCCUCUCGGAGAAGAGCCCCAGAUCCAAGGCCAGCCCUCCGUGUCUCACAGAUGUAAGCAUCUCAUCAAAAACAAAUAAUGAUCAUCACAGGGAAGAGAGACGGCAGCUUAAAUGUUUUGCCAUUUGA